AUGGCGAGAAUCAUCAAGAAAGCGAUAACCCCGGUGUUACUGGCGUAUUCGAGGAGGACUGCUCGUAUAAAUUACAGCUCUUCUUCUUCCAUCUUCAUCACCCAACAAUUGAAGAACAGCAGCAGUACCAAUAUCAGCCAUAGUAGUAGCAGUUUAAUUUAUCAAAUUAGGACUCCAACUCGUGACUUCUCUUCUUCUUCUUCUACCGGUAAGAAGGGACCGUCUGGAUCUGAUAAAAUCACAGGUACCGGUGAGGAAGCUGUUGAACAUCUUCUUAAAAAGGUUGUGGAGACACCAAGUGAGUUUCCUUUCAAAAUUGAAGAUAAACCAUGGGAGAAAACCAUAACAUUGAUUGGAGACUACGGCGGUGAUGAGAUCAAAGUCAUAGUUCACAUGCCUACAGAUCAUUCCUCUACAAUCGAGGAAACCGGUGAUGACCAGAAUCAUGUCCAAAACAAGGAUAGCGCUAGUGACCCACAAUCCAGCAUUCACUUAGUUGUAACUCGAACGAAUUUUCUCGGGACUACUUUGGAGUACGGUGUCAUUGCUUAUCCAGAUGACUUUUCGAUAGACAGUUUCUGUGUCAAGUAUGCAAGGAUUCCAUAA